AUGGUGGCCUUCUUCUCACGCCUCAACCCAACUCCGGCAUUCCCGCAAUAUCCUGGCCCUCAUACUGUCGGUACAGUCGACGUCGAGAUUCCAGCCGCCGACUUGUNNUCCUCCACCACCGCGACCCCUGCCGACGCCGCUCCCACCGUAUCCUUCAGAAUAUUCUACCCCUGCCAAAAUCAGAAAGAGAGCGCGAGGCCUGUGAGAUGGAUCCCCUCGCCACAACGGCCUAAUCUCUCUGCCUUUGCCCGUCUGCUGGGUGCUGGCUCGCGCGCCUCCGACUUCUUCUCCUACUUUCCCACCAUCCUCUACUACAUUACCAUACCCGCCCAGCGUAAUGCCCCUCUGCUCGCCCCACCCACCACCAACAACAGAUGGCCCGUCAUGAUCUUCUCCCACGGGCUCGCUGGCAACCGCAACCUAUACUCGCAUAUUUGUGGAUCUAUGGCUUCGUACGGCCUUGUUGUCAUCGCCAUGGACCACAGAGAUGGCAGUUCACCAGUUCAAUACAUUCGUGCGACCUCGGACACUCCCAGCAAAAUUGUCGACGAAAUCAAAAUUUCACACUCGCCCUCCCCCGAAGUCUACGCUGCAAGAGACAAGCAAUUGCGCAUCAGAUGCCACGAAACCUCCCUGAUUCACGCAGCACUACUCAAGAUCGACCAGGGUGAGAAGGUGAACAACUUGGAUGACAACACUGCGCAAACCAAGAAAGAGCGGGUCGAAGUUCUAUCGAGAUUUGCUGGUCAACUCGACGUGCACACACCUGGCAAGAUCACCUUUGCCGGCCACAGUUUUGGUGCUUGUACGACGGUCCAGUUCCUCAAGUCUGUCUUCUACGCCAAAGAACGCCCACAGAGCGCUCACUCUCCUCUCUUCGUUCCGACCGACUCUUCUUUGACCCGCCAAGUCACUCCUGCCUCUCCAGUACUAUUGCUCGAUCUCUGGACUCUGCCACUGCGCAGCCCCACCCAAUCUUGGCUUCGCGAUCGUCCUCUGCCCUCAUACACUGACACCUCGAUUGGCGGCAAGAACAUCCUCAGCGUCAUGUCACAAGCCUUCUUCAAAUGGACUGGUAACUUCAACGACGUCCGUCGAGCCAUCGCACCACCCAGAAACUUCUCUGGACCCAAUCCACACCUGUUCUACCCAGCUACCAGCCAACACUUUUCCCAAUCCGACUUCGGCGUGCUGUUCCCUUUCCUCACCAGCAAAUUGCUGAAGACCGAGGAUCCAGAAAGACUACUGUUGUUGAACACUCGCGCCAUGCUGCAAGUUCUCAGGGAUAUGGACAUUGAGGUUGCUGAUGUCGGCGAGAAGAACCUGGAAGGCGAGAAAGAGGAGACAAUUCUGAAGCCAAGUGGUACCGGGCAGGAAACUGUCAAGGGCUGGGUCAGAGUCGCCGUUUCCGAUGCCGACAACAACGACUCGGGCAUUUCUAUUGAGCAGGACAAGAAGCAGAAACCUGCUGACGACUCCGAGGGUAUGGAAAUGUAG